AUGAGCAUAAGAUUGUCAGCAGAAGAACUUGAAGAAUAUCGCAGUGUCUUCCAAGGUUUUGAUAGAGACAAUAACGGCUAUGUAACCACGGACGAACUAGCCGAUGUCAUGAGGGCGUUGGGCCGCCACGCGACAGACGAGCAAAUACGUUCCAUGAUACAGCAGGUCGAUUUGAAUCGCAACGGGUCAAUAGAAUUCAACGAAUUCUUAGCUCUUGUCGCGAGAAAUCCCACUGAUCCAGACUACGAACUAUUGAGCGCUUUCAAAGAAUUCGAUCAGAACGGCGACGGCUUCGUCACUGCCGACGAGUUAAAGCGGGUUAUGCAUGGUAUAGGAGAACCUCUAACGGAUCGUGAAAUUGCAACUAUGAUUGCUGAAACUGAUCUCGACCACGAUGGGAAGGUCAACUACGAGGCUAAGGGAGGCUCUUAG